AAGAGCGUGAUUCUCACCUCCCAUUUUCACGCGUAGCCCGACCAGAAAUCAAACAGAACACAGAGCCUUCAACCUUUUCUCUUGACCUCCAUUUUACCAAAACAAAACACAAGAAAUUGACAUGUCAACAUUUACGAAAAUCUUCAUCUUUGUUUCUUAAUGAUCGCAUCUUUAUCAGUCUUACAUGGUUUUUAACUGGUGAAGGGCUGCUAAGUAUUGUUUGGUGUGCGUUUGUUUAAUUAAUUAGAGGAGUUAGUAUUUUACUGUUUGAGGGAUUAAUUUUUUAUUAAUUUCAGAAGUUUUAUUUAAGUUGUUGAGCUCUCACUUUCUUGUUCAGGUUGUUUGUUAGUACUUCUCUACAAAAAUGGGGGUUUGACUCCAUUUGAAGCAAACCCUUUUUAUCUUGUUUGUUUUACACUCAUGGGUUGUUUUCGUUUUGUGACUAAGAGUCAUUUUGUGGAGAAAGUUUCAGUCUUUGAACUUAAUUGGAGUUGAUGGUUUUUGGGUUUUUUGAUAUGGUUAAUUCAGAGGGAUUUUCGUGGAGGAGAGGGUUAGGGUUUGUGGUUUGGAUUGUUUUUUGGUUAUGGUUUGUGUUUUUGGGUUUGUUACAGCCUGUGGUGGGGUUAAGGCCAUUGAGAGAGCGUGCUCAGUCAUGGGGCGAUGAGUGGUUAUUUAUUAGAAAAGAUGAAAAUGAUUUGGGUCCAUUUUCUAUGUGGAACAUAACGGGAACUUACCGAGGGUCAUGGAAAUUUCUCGAUUCUACAAAUAGCUCUUCCAAGUUCCCGGAUCUUGGGAAAUCUAAUGGUGAUUCUGUCAUUGAAUUAUUCAGCAGACCAACGAAGAUAAAUGGUGUACAUUAUGUUCAGGGUGUAAUAAUUUUCCAUGAUGUGUUCAACAAUGAACACAAUGUUGGUGGUGCUCAAAUAAGGGUAGAAGGUGUUUAUAUAUGGCCUUUUAGACAACUUCGAAUGGUAACUAACAGUGGUAAAGAGGGAGAAUUGAGCCAAGAAGAAGAAUAUAUCUUAUCUAACCCAUAUCAUCUGCUUGGAGUAUUUUCAUCUCAGGUGUUCCAAGAUUCUCCCCGAGAUAAAAUAUGGAGAAGGAAAAAUUCACCAAUAUAUGACAUGGAGAAGCAUUGUAGUAUUGAAAUUGCAGCCCAAAUUACACGCUUGUCAUCUGCCCAAAGUGAUGGAGAUCGUGACCGUUUCCAUAUUGAAGGAAUAAUGGAGAGUCCUGCCACAGACGAUGAAGGGGAAUGCUUCUCACCUUUACUACUAAAUGCUACUUCUGUGAACAUUGAGGUCUACUAUAACAAAGCAGUGAACUAUACCUUGAUGGUCACCUUUGUCUCGUUCCUUCAAGUUCUUUUGUUGAUUCGGCAAAUGGAACAUGGCAACACUCAAUCAGGAGCUGCCAAAGUUUCGAUUUUAAUGAUCGGGCAGCAAGCCAUCAUGGAUGCUUAUCUUUGUCUUCUACACCUAACAGCAGGAAUACUAGUUGAAUCCUUGUUUAAUGCUUUUGCAACUGCCGCAUUUUUCAAGUUUGUAGUCUUCUCAAUUUUUGAGAUGAGAUAUCUUCUUGCUAUAUGGAAGGCAAGCAGGCCUAUGAAUAGUGGUGAAGGUUGGGAGACAAUGAGGCGUGAGCUAUCAGUUCUAUACAGUCGUUUCUAUGGGAUCCUGUUGGGAGGCAUUCUGUUUAUGUACGAGUUCCAUAAUUAUCUUCGACCCAUUCUUCUCUUGAUGUACUCCUUUUGGAUACCUCAAAUAAUUACCAAUGUUAUUCGUGACUCAAGAAAACCUUUGCAUCCUCAUUACAUCUUAGGCAUGACUGUUACUCGUCUAGCAAUCCCAUUGUAUAUAUUUGGAUGUCCUUACAACUUUAUGCGCAUUGAGCCUGACAAGACUUGGUGUAUAUGUUUGAGUAUAUUCAUUGGAUUGCAAGCAUCAAUUCUUCUUCUUCAACACUAUCUUGGGUCUCGGUGUUUCAUUCCUCGACAGAUCCUACCUGAGAAAUAUUGCUACUAUAGAAGGUUUGAUAAGGAUGCAAAUCAUGCUACAGACUGUGUCAUCUGCAUGACUUCCAUUGAUCUCACUCAUCGUUCUAAUGAUUGCAUGGUAACUCCAUGUGAUCAUUUCUUUCAUUCUGGUUGUCUACAAAGGUGGAUGGAUAUCAAGAUGGAAUGUCCAACUUGCCGGCGUCCACUACCACCAGCCUAGGGAUAUUAGUACACUCUUGUUUAUAUUACUUAGGAUUGAUUGACAUUGCCCAACUUGUUGAUUCUGGUUGGGAAAAGCCGAUAUUACGCCUGAUACAGCUUCAGAAGAUACCUGAUAUAGAGCCAUAAGCAAUGCCGACGUUACCUGAUGCUGCCACACUUUGUAUUUGACACCACCUUUUGUUAAUCGUAUAAUGUUAUCAGUACGCAGAAAUUUCACAAAUGCAAAUUAUUUUCAAUUCUAUAA